CCUCGGUUCCUGGCUGUAAGGUCCGCACGAACCUGCAAGAACUCAGUGUCGCCAGAAUUCAGUGUUCAGGGUCAUGGCGUCCCAGAUCCUCCUGCUGCUGCUCUCGGGGGCCCUGGCCCUGACCCAGACCCGGGCAGGCUCCCACUCCCUGAGGUAUUUCUACACCGCCGUGUCCCGGCCCGGCCGCGGGGAGCCCCGCUUCAUCGCUGUCGGCUACGUGGACGACACGCAGUUCGUGCGGUUCGACAGCGACGCCGCGAAUCCGAGGAUGGAGCCGCGGGCGCCGUGGAUCGAGCGGGAGGGGCCGGAGUAUUGGGACCUGAGCACACGGAACGUCCAGGGCGCCGCACAGACUUUCCGACGGAACCUGCGGACCGCGCUCGGCUACUACAACCAGAGCGACGCCGGGUCUCACACCCUCCAGGAGAUGUUUGGCUGUGAAGUGGGGCCCGAUGGGCGCGUCCUCCGCGGGUACGAUCAGUGGGCCUAUGAUGGCGCCGACUACAUCGCCCUGAACGAGGACAUGCACACCUGGACGGCGGCGGACACGGCUGCUCAGAUCACCGAGCGCAAGUGGGAGGAGGCCCGGGAGGCCGAGAAUAUGAAGGCCUACUUGGAGGGCACGUGUGUGGAGUGGCUCCUUAGGUACCUGGAGAACGGGAAGGAGAUGCUGCAGCGCGCAGACCCCCCAAAGACAGAUGUGACCCACCACCCCAUCUCUGACCGUGAGGCCACACUGAGGUGCUGGGCUCUGGGCUUCUACCCAGCGGAUAUCACCCUGACCUGGCAGCGGGACGAGGAGGACCAGACCCAGGACGUGGAGCUUGUGGAGACCAGGCCUGCGGGGGACGGGACCUUCCAGAAGUGGGCAGCCAUCGUGGUGCCCUCCGGAGAGGAGCAAAGAUACGCAUGUCGUGUGCAGCACGAGGGGCUGACUGAGCCUCGCACCCUGAAAUGGGAGCCACCUCCUCAGUCCAUCAUGGGAAUUGUUGCUGGCCUGGUUGUCUUUGGACUGCUGUUUGUUGGAGCUGUGGUGGCUGCAGUUGUGAUCUGGAGGAAGAAGAGCUCAGGUGAAAAGGGAAGGAGCUACACUCAGGCUGCAAGCAGCGACAGUGCCCAGGGCUCUGAUGUGUCUCUCACAGCCUAACGGUGAAACCUUGGAUGGCCUGACACGGGCAGGGGUUGGGGCAGAGGGAACAUGACUGGGUUAUGGGGAUACUUUUCAUCUGGACAUUUUGAUCGUUUGGUAGGAUGUUCAGAGUGUCAAGGCUUAGAGUGACUGACAUGAAUUUGUUGUGUGUUUAUACUUACUAUUUUCUGUAGUGUUAGACCGGUGACUUGUGUGGGACUGAAGUGAUACAAGAUUUGUUCACACCCACUUUGUGAUUCAAGGCUUCUGUUGCUGCACCUGGUUUUUGAAUGUACCUGCGUUCCUAUCAUCAUAAUGUGAGGAUGUGGUGGGACUCACCCACCCUUGCCAACCAGGACGCCCUCCUCACACUGAUCUGUGUCCUUUCCCCUGGAUCUGUGUUUCCGGUUCCCGCAGAGACAGGGCCAGGAUGUCUCCAUCCCUGUCGUAACUUCUCUUGCUCUGAGCUGCAACUUCUUACUUACUUAUUGAAAAUGAGAAUCUG